CUCUGUAUAUUCACUGGCUGUCACAGCAGCGGCUCCAGGACGAGCAGUAAUCCACUCCCCACGGAGCUUCACCUUUCUCUGUACGGUCUCCAUCCCGUAUUCAUGGACCUGGAGGUGCAGAUGCACUCUGCGCUCUUGCUUCCCAUCUCCUCCGAGUUUGCGCUUUAGGUGCGCUCCCGGCUCGAGGCACGUCCCGCUGCUGGGCAUAAGGAGACAGCUAUUAUUUUGUCGAUCGCUGAGAGAAUCACUGUGCAGGACAGAGGGGGACAGCAGAGAGCACAGUCGUGAUAGCAAAGGCUGUUUCAGGAUACCUGAGAGCGGCUUUUUGUGCCCUCCAUCAUGGCGAGCGACUCUCCAGCUCGGAGUCUGGACGAAAUCGACCUGUCCGCGUUGAGGGAUCCUGCUGGCAUCUUUGAGCUGGUUGAGCUGGUGGGAAAUGGCACCUAUGGGCAGGUGUACAAGGGUCGCCAUGUUAAGACAGGGCAGCUUGCAGCCAUCAAGGUCAUGGAUGUCACCGGGGAUGAGGAAGAGGAGAUUAAAGCCGAAAUUAACAUGCUGAAGAAAUACAGUCACCACCGGAACAUCGCCACCUACUAUGGAGCAUUUGUCAAGAAAAACCCUCCUGGCAUAGAUGACCAGCUAUGGCUGGUCAUGGAGUUCUGUGGAGCCGGCUCAGUGACAGACUUGAUCAAGAACACCAAGGGCAACUCUCUGAAAGAGGAGUGGACCGCUUACAUCUGCAGAGAGAUUCUCAGGGGUCUGACUCAUCUCCAUCAGCACAAGGUCAUCCACAGAGACAUCAAGGGACAGAAUGUCCUGCUGACUGAGAACGCAGAGGUCAAACUAGUGGACUUUGGUGUUUCAGCCCAGUUGGACAGAACAGUAGGAAGGAGGAACACGUUUAUUGGGACGCCAUAUUGGAUGGCACCAGAGGUUAUCGCCUGUGACGAGAACCCUGACGCCACGUACGACUUCAAGAGUGAUUUAUGGUCACUUGGAAUCACAGCAAUAGAGAUGGCUGAAGGAGCACCACCGCUGUGUGACAUGCACCCAAUGAGAGCCCUCUUCCUCAUCCCGCGCAACCCUGCCCCCAGACUCAAGUCAAAGAAGUGGUCGAAGAAGUUCCAGUCAUUCAUAGAGAGCUGUCUGGUGAAGAGUCACGGCCAGAGACCCAGCACAGAGCAGCUCCUCAAACACCCCUUCAUAAGAGACCUGCCCAAUGAGAGGCAGGUCCGCAUUCAGCUGAAGGACCACAUCGACCGCACCAAGAAGAAGAGAGGAGAGAGGGAUGAGACAGAGUAUGAGUACAGUGGCAGUGAAGAGGAGGAUGAAGAAAGAGACAUGGGUGAACCAAGCUCCAUCAUCAACAUCCCUGGAGAGUCGACCCUGAGGCGGGACUUCCUGCGCCUCCAGGUGGCCAAUAAGGAGCGUUCGGAUGCGCAGCGGCGGCAGCAGCUGGAGCAACAGCAGAAUGAGGAGCACAAGCGCUUACUGUUGGCUGAGAGACAGAAACGCAUUGAGGAGCAGAAGGAGCAGAGGAGGCGGCUGGAGGAGCAGCAGCAGCGAGAGCGUGAGCUGAGGAAACAGCAUGAGAGGGAACAGAGGAGGCGCUACGAGGAAAUGGAGCAGCUCCGUAGAGAGGAAGAGAGGAGGCAUGCAGAGAGAGAACAGGAGUAUAUCCGUAGACAGCUGGAAGAGGAACAGAGGCAGUUAGAGAUUCUCCAGCAGCAGCUACUACAGGAACAGGCAUUACUGCUGGAGUACAAACGUAAGCAGGUAGAGGAACAGCGGCAGGCGGAGCGGCUACAGAGGCAGCUCCAGCAGGAGAGAGCCUACUUGGUGUCUCUACAACAGCAGCAGCAGCAGCAGCAACAACAACAACAACAACAACAACAACAGCAACAGCAGCAGCAGGAGGGAAGGCAAGCAGAAAAGAAGCUUUACCACUACAAAGAUAUCGUCAAUCCUAGUGACAAGCCUGCCUGGGCUAAAGAGGUCCCGAAGAAGCAGCAUGUUCAGGGUAACACACCCCGCUCCCACCUACGGCAUCACCAGUCAUUCAACCAACCGGCUUCAUCCUCUGGCUCUCAUGGCCAACACAGAACUCAGGCCCCUAGGCGAUCCCCGUCCCAUGGUGCCCAGCUCCUCUCCACAAACCUCCCCCGUAUCCAUAUUUCACUAGACUCCGGAGAACCCCUAGAUCCAGGGCUGAAGCAGGAGAUAAGCCAGCAGGUCAGAGAGUUUAGGGCUCAGAAACUUAGUCAGAGGGGCCGCAGCCCAGGGCCCAUCCAGAAACAAAUCCAAGCUGCUGGCCAAGGGCCCAUUAAGGGUUCUAUUAAGAGUUGUAAAGGGCAUUCUAGUCAAGAGCCAGUCAGUCAGUCUAAUCUAGUACCCAACCCUUAUCUUCUGGAGCCCAGUAAUCAGAAAGAGAAGCCUAGAGACAGGCCUCUCUCUGCACCCAGUCAGGCAGCCAUCCAGGGGCUAGUAUCUCUGGACCCACAGUUUAAGGCUCUUCAGCCUCAUCCUCAGUCCCCGGGACAGGCCCUGAACCUGCAGUCUGGAUCUAACCCUGCGGUCAAACUGGUGGAGGAACGAUCUAAGAUGAACAGACAGAGCUCCCCAGCGCUGCAGCACAAAGUGUCCAACCGCAUCUCCGACCCCUCCCUCCCUCCCCGCUCCGAGUCCUUCAGCAGUGGUGGCAUGCAGCCUGCCCGCACCCCACCCAUCCACCGCUCCAUUGAACCACAGAUUGCCCACCUGGUCCCAGUGAAGACACACUCCAGCUCCAUGUCUGGCUCUCAGUCUCUGCAGGACCAGUCGGGUUCAGCUCUGAGUGAGGGCAUCAGUGUGGCCUCCCCCAGGCCCGAGAUGCCCCGCCAGAACUCAGAUCCCACUUCUGACACCCCCGGUCCCCCUCCACGUGUCACAGGCAGGGAGGAACGGGAACGGGACAGAGACAGGGAUCGUGACAGGACCGCCUGGCUAAGAGAGGAGGACAUCCCACCCAAGGUCCCACAGAGGACCACUUCCAUCUCCCCAGCUUUGGUCAGGAAGAACUCCCCUAAUGGAGGAGUGGGUCCGGGCCCUCGCACAGGUUCUCAGUUCAUACGGGCCAGUAACCCAGACCUGCGCCGCUCAGAACUCUCUCUGGAUGCCAUGCUGCAAAGAACUUCCUCAAACUCGUCAUCCUCCUCCUCCCCUUCAUCUCAGGGAGGCUCAGCCGAGAGGAGAGGUCAAACCAAGCAGGAAGGAUCCCCUCCAGGAGCUAAUCAGGAGGCAAAGCCCAAACAGGAGGAGGGCCGUGAAUCCGCCAGACCCAGCAGACCUGCUAGCUAUAAGAAAGCCAUAGAUGAGGAGGAGCUGGACCUAAGUGCACUGGCUAAGGAGCUCAGAGAAUUGAGGGUAGAGGAGGGUAGCAGACCUCCAGUCAAGGUGACAGAUUAUUCGUCCUCAAGUGAAGAUACAGAUAGCAGCGAUGAAGAUGGGGAGACAGUGGGGCAUGAUGGGACUGUUGCUGUUAGCGACAUCCCCCGUAUCAUGCCAGCAGUGCAGGGCAGCACUGAGUCGUAUGGAGGGCUAACAGAGGACUCCCUGGGAGAUGCCUAUAAUAGCUCCAAGGAUGGCACUCUAGUGAUGAGAGAGGCAGAUGAGAGGAGGAGAGGUGGUCACACGGAGAGCAAUGGGUUCGGAAAUCACAGUAACCAUGGUAACCUCCCUGACCUGGUGCAGCAAAGCAACUCUCCCUCAGCCACACCCACCACAGCCCUGCAGGAACUGGGUGAAAUGGCUGAGUUUGGUGUGGGCGGGUCCAAAGCAUCCUUCACCCCAUUUGUUGAUCCACGUGUCUAUCAAACCUCCCCAAGUGAAGACGACGAUGAGAACUCAGCGGCAGCCAUGUUUGCUAAUGAGCUGCUGAGGCAAGAGCAGGCCAGACUAAACGAAGCCAGAAAGAUCUCUGUGGUCAAUGUCAACCCUACCAACAUCAGACCCCACAGUGACACACCAGAGAUCCGCAAAUACAAGAAACGCUUCAACUCUGAGAUCCUGUGUGCUGCGCUCUGGGGUGUGAACCUGUUGGUGGGGACGGAGAAUGGUCUUAUGCUGCUUGACCGAAGUGGACAAGGAAAAGUCUAUAACCUGAUCACGAGACGGCGCUUCCUACAGAUGGAUGUGCUGGAGGGGCUCAAUGUGCUAGUCACCAUAUCUGGGAAAAAGAACAAGUUGCGUGUCUACUACUUGUCCUGGCUGAGAAACAGAAUAUUACAUAACGACCCGGAAGUAGAGAAGAAGCAGGGUUGGAUUACCGUUGGGGAGCUGGAGGGCUGUGUGCAUUACAAAGUUGUCAAAUACGAAAGGAUUAAGUUCCUGGUGAUUGCACUGAAGAACUCUGUGGAAAUCUAUGCCUGGGCUCCCAAACCCUACCACAAGUUCAUGGCCUUUAAGUCAUUCACCGAGUUGCAGCACCGCCCCCAGCUGGUUGACCUGACCGUGGAGGAAGGUCAGAGGUUAAAGGUCAUCUAUGGCUCCAGCGUGGGCUUCCAUGUCAUCGAUGUGGACUCGGGCAACCCUUACGACAUCUACAUCCCCUCACAUAUCCAGAGCCAGGUGACGCCGCAUGCCAUCGUGGUGCUCCCUAAAACGGAUGGAAUGGAGAUGCUGCUGUGUUACGAGGACGAGGGCGUCUAUGUCAACACCUAUGGUCGAAUCACCAAGGACGUGGUGCUACAGUGGGGAGAGAUGCCUACCUCUGUUGCCUAUAUCCAUUCUAAUCAGAUUAUGGGCUGGGGUGAGAAAGCCAUAGAGAUCCGCUCUGUGGAGACAGGUCAUCUGGAUGGAGUCUUUAUGCACAAAAGAGCCCAGCGACUCAAAUUCCUUUGUGAGCGGAAUGACAAGGUAUUCUUCGCAUCGGUGCGAUCGGGAGGUAGCAGCCAAGUUUUCUUCAUGACCCUCAACAGAAACUCUAUGAUGAACUGGUGAUGGCUCCUCCCUCUUUCCACCCUGCCUCACUCUCCCAUUGGCCAGCCCGGCCACCCACCUUGGCCCGCGGCAGAUCUCACAAAAUGAACCCAAUUGCCCGAGAGGCCACAAGUAAACUCUUCUAACACUGGAGAGAAUAAAAAAAUAGAAUAACAACAAAGAGCUGUUUUAAAUAAAAAGACAUUACCCUAGAUUAUGUCGGGUCAUGCAGAAGCCAUCUUUACUCAACAGACUGGCAAACUGGUGCCACUGACUUUCCAAAUAUUCUCUUCUUCCCACUUUCUCUGUCUGUGUGUGUAACUCUUCCCUUUUUGUCUGUCUCUUCUCUCCAAAAGGACCAGUGUACUGUAGAAAUACACAUUACACCUUCGGUCUCUCUUCUUCUUCUUCCCUUUAACCCCCCCUUCUUAAUCCUCUGCUCCUUCCUGGUAGAUCUAGUCAUCACAUUUUCAACCCUUUGACACCCAUGUCCUCAAUUUUCCUCACUUCCUAUUUGCCAUGUGUGGGCUCAUUCCUAAACCUCAGAGGUGGGAAAAGACAGCCGAAUAAGAUUUAAUAUAAAUUCAAAUAUAUACUUCAGAAUAUGACAGGCAAGGCAGCUGAGGGAUGAUAAAUCUACUUGGGAUGUCGGCGGUGAAAGCAGACAACCUGAUUGACUUUCUUUCUCCUCUGUCACUCCCCUCCUCCUCCUCCUCCUCCUCCUCCUCCUUCACCACUUACACCUCGCCAUCUUUUCGUGCUCUGAGUAAACUGAAUUGUGAUUUAAUGUUCGAUCGCACAUCGCUGAUAGAGAUGCGACGAGAUGCUCUGCUGUCAUAGGCGGGUUGUAAUAGUAUGCAAAGAUGAUGUCUGUGUCCCUUUAAAAUGAAAUCACAGGUCUUCCCUCCUUUUUUGCCUCUUUCCCUCCUUCUGUCACUUGCAAUCAUCAUCACACUCAGCUCCCUGUUUUCACUCUUACGUAUUUAAACUCUGAAGGUGCUGCAUCAAAUAUACUGUAAUAUUAAAAUGAACAAUGAGAGCAUCAUUCUGUUCAUUCUUUUAUUUUUAUUCUUUUCUUUUUCUGUGGCUGAGUCAGUCAGUCUUUGAAGCUUGAUAAAAUGUACAGCACAUCUGUGUCUCUUAAAUCAGGAGUGUAUGUUAGUGGGUGUGGGAGCGUGUGUGUGUUUGACUUGAUGUUGAAAUGAGUCCCAUUCAAAUCAAGUUUGAAUCAAAGUGGGAUAUUGAAAUCAAUGUCCAUAAAAAAAGAGUCAAGUAAUUCAGUCUCUGUGCGUGAACUUUUCCUUAAUGCGAUCGAAGCAACAUUGAGUGUGUUUACAUGCAGAUUUAUGAUAUUAUCUUCUUAGUAUGGAGUUCAUGAGUUGGUGUAUUUAAACACCAAGCAUUUAAAAAUAGUCUAUAUUAGUGGUUGAUUUUUGGAGUAUGUUUCUGUUUCCUUUAACACAGUAGUGUUUUGGCUAUUCACGAAUACAGCUAUGUUGCUGUAGGGAAUAUGAAUACGCAUAUAAACAACUUAUCCUGAAGACAACCUCAACAGGAAAUGACCUACUAUCCCGAAUACUGUGUGCAUGAGAAAGCACUCAUUGUUGAAAGCUAUGGUGUCCUUUUGAGUCAUGCUCCUCCCUGAUUGGUUCUUCUGAUUUUGGCUCCUACCUGUUUGUACAGUGCCUAGCAUGAUGUAAGCAAAACUAAAGUGGAGGCCAAGAGAUUCACGUAAUAAUUAAUAAUUUUAUUACUUUACACUGUUUUAUUUUGUGUUAUUAUCUAACUUGAGCACAUUGCUGAUGUUAUUUGUCUCUUCUAAUGGAGAUGUACAUUAACAAAUUUAUGACUUGAUUUAUUCUUUGAAAGGAGUAACUGAAUAUGGUGUGAAACCUGCCAUUUCUUUCUAAUUAUUUAGCUCAAUAAUUAAUACAUAAUUUAUAACACUAUUGAAGAUGGACUACUUCAUGCAUACUCAUUCACAUCAGAGAGCACUGUAAUGCAGUUAAGUCUUUUUUUCAGGGGAAUAUUCUGCAGGUUUGGCAGUAUGUUGGCCUAUGGUUAACAAACGUGAGGUGACACAAAAAGACAGACUCAUUCCCCAAUUAUGUAAUGAUCAUUUGAAUCAAUUUUUUUAUAGUUAUAUUUUCAAGCACUUUUUACACGUUCCUGUGCAGCUAUAAGUUAGGUUCACUGAUCUCUGUUAGGGGGAGAAGGCUUUACAUUUUAGCAAUAAAGAGCUGAACUGAAAAAAACACUGUCUUCCCUGUGUGUGCACGCAUGCAUCUGUGUUUAUGAUUAAUGAGCAAGUGUGAAUGGGGCGUUAUUACUAUGGUUGUCCAUUGUGAAAUUCACUCUUCCCAUUGGAAAAUACUGAUGGUCAUUACUCUGAGAACUCUCCUUUCAAAGACGAAACCACUGUAUUCUUUAUUCUGUUUUUUUUUCUUGUUUUCUUUAUUUUGCUUUACUAAUGUCCUGUUUGGGGAUUUAUUUGUUUUGUAAAAGAGAAGCUGUAAGAGAGAAAUAAAUGAAACUAGAGCAUUGUG